UUUGCAGCCCCACACACAGCCUUGAGGGACAGGUGUAAAUUUACCCCGACCUUGAUGCAGACACACAAGCUCAGACAUGUAUUGGCCUCGCUGCUCCCUCGUUUUAUAUACUCCUCUCACCCUCCAGGACGAGCCUCAUUAUUUCUUCCUGCUCUCUUUUCUUCCUCCCUUCCUCCUUUUGAAGUGGACAGUGGGGGCUGUGGAGAUGACAGAACCAACCUGUCUGCAGGGUCACUUGUUACCUCCCUCAUUUCCCCCCUCUCCCUCCCUCACUCUCGCCACCUUCUCCCUCUGUCUCUCUAUCUCUCUCCCCCUCUAUCUCUUCCCCUCUCCUUCCCUGCAGCUGCUGCUACAUAGAACACAGGUCUCAUCUCUGCUACCUCUCAUUUCACUAACCCUAACUAACCCACAGGUCUCAUCUCUGCUACCUCUCAUUUCACUAACCCUAACUAACCCACAGGUCUCAUCUCUGCUACCUCUCAUUUCACUAACCCUAACUAACCCACAGGUCUCAUCUCUGCUACCUCUCAUUUCACUAACCCUAACUAACCCACAGGUCUCAUCUCUGCUACCUCUCAUUUCACUAACCCUAACUAACCCACAGGUCUCAUCUCUGCUACCUCUCAUUUCACUAACCCUAACUAACCCACAGGUCUCAUCUCUGCUACCUCUCAUUUCACUAACCCUAACUAACCCACAGGUCUCAUCUCUGCUACCUCUCAUUUCACUAACCCUAACUAACCCACAGGUCUCAUCUCUGCUACCUCUCAUUUCACUAACCCUAACUAACCCACAGGUUUCAUCUCUGCUACCUCUCAUUUCACUAACCCUAACUAACCCACAGGUCUCAUCUCUGCUACCUCUCAUUUCACUAACCCUAACUAACCCACAGGUCUCAUCUCUGUUACCUCUCAUUUCACUAACCCUAACUAACCCACAGGUCUCAUCUCUGCUACCUCUCAUUUCACUAACCCUAACUAACCCACAGGUCUCAUCUCUGCUACCUCUCAUUUCACUAACCCUAACUAACCCACAGGUCUCAUCUCUGCUACCUCUCAUUUCACUAACCCUAACUAACCCACAGGUCUCAUCUCUGUUACCUCUCAUUUCACUAACCCUAACUAACCCACAGGUUUCAUCUUUGCUACGUUUUCACUGCUUCUUGAAAUAGUCACAUACAUUCUCCCCACAAUAAUCUGAAAUAGUCACAUACAUUCUCCCUACAAUAAUCUGAAAUAGUCACAUACAUUCUCCCUACAAUAAUCUGAAAUAGUCACAUACAUUCUCCCUACAAUAAUCUGAAAUAGUCAUACAUUCUCCCCACAAUAAUCUGAAAUAUUCACAUACAUUCUCCCUACAAUAAUCUGAAAUAGUCACAUACAUUCUCCCCACAAUAAUCUGAAAUAUUCACAUACAUUCUCCCCACAAUAAUCUGAAAUAGUCACAUACAUUCUCCCCACAAUAAUCUGAAAUAGUCACAUACAUUCUCCCCACAAUAAUCUGAAAUAGUCACAUACAUUCUCCCCAAAAUAAUCUGAAAUAGUCACAUACAUUCUCCCCACAAUAAUCUGAAAUAGUCACAUAUAUUCUCUGCAGCACUCAGGCAUAUGACAGGCCACUUGGAGUUUGCCAAAAGGCACCUGAAGUACUCUGACCAUGAGGAAGAAGAUUCUC